UUCGUUGUUACAGGACCCAUGGUAGUCGUUUCUCCGAAAAAAGCACAUCGCCAGGCUGUAAAUGCAAAUUUGGUACGAACGCUUCCUUAGCAAGAAACAAAUUUACGAAUGUUUCUAACUGUUCAUAGGAAUUAAACUACGUUGUCUCCGUUGCUAUUAAUAUGAAGGCACACGUUCAAGUGCCAUUCACUCAACAAUGGAACUCCUUGCGGAGGAAAAUUCCGCUAGUGUUUUCAACGCCACGUUGAUAGCAUACGUAAACUACCUUGUACUGCGCCACUUCGCGGAAUACUUUGCAGUAUGUACCGUCAUGACUUCAUCCGACCAGAUCCCGAUAAGCGUUCAGGUUCCUGUAAUGACCAUUGCGGUGGAUUCCAGCUUCAACGAUACUUUCCGGAUGGCCGUAGACGGUGGAUGUCAAGCUUUUGUGAUAACUGAACGGGCGCUAAAGCCAUUCUUGGAUGCGUUUCCUGCCGCCCAUGAUCACUCCGAUCAACGAUCUUCUGACAAGCGACUGUUGGUCAUAUUGGAAUCUUACGAACGAUGGAUUUCUAAUGAUUUUGUAUCACACUCGAGUUUGCUGGAGUUGAAAAAUGUACUUAUAGUGACCCAAAACGAUUCCAAUGGUUCUACACAUCUGUACAGCACCAGGAUUUUCAACAAUGGAACAAGAAGUGCAGUAAACUUGAAUAUUGAAAGAAUGGAGGAAUCUGAUGUCGUGGCCGAUAGAAUUCGUGACAUGAACGGGGUUCCCAUACAUUUAUGCCUAAUUAUGUAUCCCCCGUAUUCGUAUUAUGAAGAAACUAUUCCAGAAAAGGCCAAUGCUCGUUAUCAUGCAUCCUUCAAAAACGACGACGUCCCACUUUUUCUUGACGGUACCGAGGUGAACUUGAUAAUGGAGUUCUGUUACAAGUACAACUGCUCCAUAGAAGUAUCAUUCGAUGAAGAACACCUCUGGGGUGAAGUAUUUGACAACCAGACCGGAACAGGCAUUAUGGGUUUGAUAGUGGAACGUCGGGCAGACAUUGCAAUAUCUGCAAUUUAUUUUUUGCCCCAAACGAACAAGUUCGCUACAUACACACAUUCGAUAAGUCGUUCCGGAGUUACAGUUCUUGUUCCAAAGCCGCUUAUACAGCCACCUUGGCGUACGCCGUUUCUUAGUUUCACGGUUUCGCUAUGGAUAGCAGUCAUCGUAGCUUUCUGCGUUGGCGUUUUGGCUGUAUGGUUGAUAGAAAAGGUACGCUUCCGGAUAUUGGAGCUCGAUGAACCACCGAUAACGUUCAGUGACUCGACGAUGACGAUGAUCGGUUUGUAUGUGGAGCAAAGCUCUACCAUUCGAACCGACCUUCUCUCCUGCACCGUGCUCUUCAUCUCGUUGAUAUUUGCCGGGUUCAUGAUAGGCAAUGCCUACAAUGGUGGCCUGGCUGGGGUCAUGACCAUACCACAGCACAAGAAAUCAAUCGAUACGGUACGAGAUCUGUCCGACAGCGGAAUGCAAUGGGGAGCUACUGCAGAAGCGUGGAUAAUUCCUAUUUUCACUGCACCACAGCCCUACAUGAAACGACUGGUGUCUACGUAUCGAGUGGUGGAUAACGAAUUCAUCGAAAAACAUGUCAAACUGCUCGAUAUGGGUUUCAUUGGUGAACGUACCGAGUAUAACCAUUUCGUUCCGGAGAAUUUCGUCGACAAUGAAGCAUCGACCACGCUGCAGUUACUGAAGGAUGACCUCUAUUGGGCAAGUGCUGCGGCUGUCGUCACCAAGACAUGCCCCUUUAAGCAAAAGCUCAACGAUUUUAUAAUGCAAGUCAAGCAGUCUGGUAUCCAAUAUUACUGGGAACUGCAGGCAUCUCACAACUAUUUGAAUGGGUCAAUUCAAACAACCAUUUUGAAUGCUCGUUCGACUGGUUCAAAAUCGAAAGGACACAUGAUGAAACUCUCCGUUUUGCACUUUCUAGGAGCAUACAUGAUUCUGGCGAUUGGCCUCGCAUUGGCCUCAAUUGUAUUUCUUUGGGAGAUUUCUGAAAGUAAUUUGGCCUGCCUGCUGGUAAAGAAAUGGAAGCAGAAAAAUCAACGAAACCAUCGUUUAGCCUCGGGAAACAAAUGAACUGUUAGACUUUUUUUUUAUCUUCUUCAUUAGUGUCAUUUAUAACAUUACAUUCAUUUAUUAUGUCUAGGUAUUUUUUGUUA